GAAGGGAAGACUGAGAGAGAAGUUUCAGCACACGGGGAAUAUUGCUGAGCUUCAAGGGGUCUUUUUUCCUGCAACAUGGAUUCAAAAUCCUGUGUCUGAGGAGGGUCACCCUUAUAGAGCGGAAGAGUUAACUGAACUCACCAACCGCCAACAUGUGGCUUUUUUGGACAUCAGCAAUUUAUCUGAGCAGUUGCUUUUUGUACAGCAAUGGAGGAAUCCUACCUCAGACAGGUGACGUGUGCCCAACAUUACAGAGUGAAGGACUGAGCUCAGGAGGGGAUGCAAGCAUGAACAAUACCACGGGCUUCAAUUUGAUCAGGAGGUUUUCUCUUCAGAAAAUGAGUUCUGUAAAGAAGAUUCGGAACCCCAGAGGACCUGUGAUCAUGCGGUUAGGAGGGGCCAGGCUCGUCGAGCAGACAAUACAGGUGUUUCCUCUCGGGUUACCUGAAGAGUUCACACUGGUGAUGACCGUGUUACUAAAGAAGCAGACAACAGAUGAAGACUGGUACCUCUUUCAAAUAGGUGACCGCUUGGGAUACCCACAGAUAUCCUUGUCAGUCAACGGAAAAGACAGAAAUCUGGAUUUUCAAGCUAAAGGUCGUGACAAAGAUUUUGUUGGUUGCACAUUUACUGGACAUGGAGUAUAUUCCUUAUUUGACAAUGCAUGGCACAAGAUAGUGCUGAGUGUGCAAGAGGAGGUUGUGUCUAUCCACAUUGACUGUAGCUACAUAUCCAGCAAACCUAUUGAGCCCAGGGGCACCAUAUCUAAUGAAGGGUAUACUUUUAUUGGGUUGGACAUGGUGACUGGAUCUCCUGUCCACUUUGACAUCCAGAAAUUCCUUAUAUACUGUGAUCCCCAAAUGGCUAUGCAGGAGGGCUGCUGUGAGAUCCUCCCUUCAGGGUGUAGUCCGGAAGCUUCCAAGACCAGACGCAAUGUGGAGGGUGUAGAAAAUGUGCAGAACAGCAACCUGAUAGAGUGGCCUGCAAAAUCAAAGCAACAAAGCUACACUCGCUGCUUCUGCCUUGAGGAUUCAUUACACAAAACGGGUGAGAGGGUAUCUUCAGGGAUGUCGAUAGACCUGCCUCCAGAGUGUGAAUCAUGUGCGUUUCGUCUCCCAGAAGGAAAUGUCUCAGCGGGACCACCAGGCCCCAGGGGUCUUAAAGGUCUUAAAGGUGAAAGAGGGCAGUCUGGAACCUAUGGCCCCAAAGGAGAGAGAGGAGAACGAGGAGCAGAUUGCAUCCGAACCUCUUCAGAUGGACCCCUUCAAUGUGCUGAGGGUGUAAAAGGAGAGAAAGGAGCCGGAGGGGAGGUGGGUCCAAGAGGAUACGAGGGACCAUCUGGACCAGAAGGAGAGACAGGCCAAAAAGGCGAAAAGGGGGAUUUAGGAUUUAAAGGAUCUUCUGGUUCGCCUGGUCGGGAUGGCAGGCCAGGUGAAAUCUGUGUUGUGGGACCAAAGGGUCAUAAGGGAGAAACUGGAAUUGUAGGCCCUGAAGGACUGGCUGGAGAACCGGGACCUCCAGGAAAACCAGGACUCCCUGGCAUAGGAUUACCAGGCAAACCUGGUGAUCCAGGUGGUCCUCCGGGCCCCGCAGGGAAACAGGGUACACCAGGGACUUCAGGAAGAGAUGGAGCAGUGGGAAAACCGGGAAAACCAGGCAUCUCAGGGUUCAAAGGGGAAAAGGGUGAACCAUGUGAAGUGUGCCCAGCUGUGAAUGCUGAUGGCACACAGGUUAUCAGUGUGCCUGGUGUUAAAGGGGAGAAAGGGCAAGCAGGCCUUACUGGAUUCGGAGAGACAGGAAAACAAGGGGAAAAAGGUGACCAAGGAAUUAAAGGUGAACAGGGACCUGCAGGUUUUAAUGGCUUGAAGGGUGCAAAGGGAGAAGCAUGUGACUCUUGUCCAACAAUAAUGGAUGGAAAUCAAGAUGCCAUCGGCAUACCUGGAAAACCGGGACCUAAGGGGGACCAGGGUCCUGCAGGGGUUGGACAAACAGGAAAACCCGGGAAGCCAGGAAUACCUGGGGUUCAAGGGCCACUAGGACCUAAAGGAACUCAGGGGGAACCAGGGCUUCCAGGAGAAGGAAAAAGAGGAGAACAGGGGGAAAGAGGACUACCUGGCCCAACUGGAAAAACAGGACCUCCAGGACCUCAGGGACCUCCAGGAUUUAUGGGCCCCAAAGGCGAAAAGGGUAGCUUUGGACAAAAAGGAUCAACAGGAGAACCAGGAAUUCCAGGAAUGGGUGCCAUGGGACCACCAGGACGUGAUGGGACACCUGGAAAACAAGGCUAUCCAGGAACUAAUGCCAAACCAGGAGAAAGGGGGGACAAAGGUGAUAAGGGAGAGGGUGGAGUAUGUUCCUGUCCUCCUGGACCAUGGAUGGAUUCAUCGGAUGGUGAUUUCUGGCGAUAUGGAAUUCAGGGACUCCCCGGACCACCUGGACCUCCUGGUCCUCCCGGACUUCCCGGUCAUCAGGGUUUGCCUGGACACAAUGGUAUACCAGGACGACCUGGAGUGCCAGGAGAACUGGGACCCCUGGCUGCAGAAGGAAACAUUGAUAUCCUGAAGAGUAUUUGUGGGGACUGUGCCAAUGUGCAGAACAUUCCCAGCGCCAUGAAAGGAGAGAAGGGAGAGCAAGGACAGCCUGGCAUUCCCGGAGAAGAGGACUGUGAGAGGUGUCAACUGGAAAAGAGAGAAGAAGUUGGAGAUGAACCUGAUCCUGGAUGUCAAGGUGGACCAGGUAACCAAGGUUUGCCUGGCCUAAAAGGAGAAGAGGGGCCUCCAGGACCAAGAGGAUUUCCUGGCUCACCUGGACCAAUUGGGCCCUCAGGUUUUCCAGGCUCUCCUGGCUCCCCCGGAUUACCUGGCAUGCAGGGAGAACGAGGACCAUCUGGACCACAUGGAGAAAAAGGAGAAACGGGGCCUCCUGGUCAGCCUGGAUAUCCUGGUAAUCUGGGUCCCCCAGGACUACCUGGUACUAAAGGUGAACGAGGGUACAGCGGACCAAGCGGUGAAAAAGGAGAGUCGGGUCCUCCUGGUAUUCCUGGAAUUCCUGGACCUGCCGGCCCUUCUGGCCCAAGAGGAGAAAGAGGAAUGUCAGGGAGCUUUGGAGAAAAAGGUGAUCAGGGCUUUCCUGGACCACCUGGAUUUCCUGGGCCACCAGGACCCCCCGGAUUCCCAGGAAAGGCAGGACCCACAGGACCACCUGGGCCUCCAGCAGAAAAAGGUGUUGAAGGACAACGUGGCUCUCCAGGACUUCUAGGUCCUACUGGUCCUCCAGGACCUCCUGGAAUGCAGGGUCCACCUGGAAUCGAAGGACUAGAUGGAAAGGAUGGAAAGCCUGGUGCUAGGGGAGAACCGGGUCCACCAGGACUUCAUGGACUAAAAGGCAUCCCAGGAUUUAAAGGAAAAACUGGACAUACAGGAUUACCAGGAGCAAAGGGAGACUGUGGACCGGCAGGACCACAAGGAAGUAUUGGUCGGCCAGGAGCAGAGGGUGAUCCUGGUCCUAUGGGUCCACAAGGACGUCCAGGUCCUCCAGGACAUAUCGGACCUUCUGGAACACCAGGACAACCAGGCCCUUCUGGACCUCCUGGAGUUGGCUUGAAGGGAGACAGAGGCUCCCCAGGUGAACGAGGUCUUAUGGGUCUUUCAGGAGAACCAGGAGGCCCAGGACAUCCUGGACCAGUUGGUGAAACAGGAGCAGAUGGAACACCUGGGAAAGAGGGCUCUGCUGGAAAGCCUGGCAUGCCGGGAAUACCUGGAGAAAAGGGUGAAGCUGGUGCUCCUGGGUCUGCAGGACCUCAAGGAGAGAGAGGAAGACCAGGGCCGCCAGGAGGUGGCUAUGGAAAAAGUGAAUCUGUUGGAAUUGUUGGACCAAGAGGACCUUCUGGAGAGAGAGGAUCUACUGGCUCUCCUGGUCCACCAGGUACACCAGGAAUUCCCGGAACUCCUGGAACAAUGGCGGAUCCCAUAAAUUACGAUGAUAUUAGAAGGAUGAUUCGGCAAGAAGUUAUCAAGAUCUUUGAUGAGAGAAUGGCAUACUAUACCACACGCAUGCAGAUGCCAGUAGAGAUGGUUGCCUCACCUGGAAGGCCAGGUGCACCCGGCAAGGAUGGGUCUCCAGGACGUCCCGGAAAUCCAGGUGGGCCAGGUUCCCCUGGACAGAUUGGACGAGAAGGAAGACCAGGAGUACCUGGAAUGAGAGGUGAACCUGGACCAAAAGGAGAUAGAGGAAACAAUGGAGUUGGUGUCAUGGGUGAUGUGGGCCCACCUGGAUCACCAGGACCACAAGGACCACCUGGAUAUGGUAAAUUAGGGCCACCCGGUCCAAUGGGACAACAAGGCAUUCCAGGUAUACCAGGACCCUCUGGGCUAAAAGGUAACACAGGCAAAGACGGAAGAUGCAACCCCUCGGAUUGCUACAAUAUGAUGUCUGUACAAGAAUAUCAGUCAAAGAGCAUGAAAGGACCUGGUCGAUAAGCUGUCCCAUUCCACAGACUCCAUCAACUGUCCCAGUGGAUCAUCUUUAGAGAGUUUGCCCUUUCUUCGUUACAGUGACCAAAAACAUGCUUCUCGAUAUACUGAUCUCUAUAUAUUGCUCCAUAUCGAGAGGCAACAUUUUCUUGUAAAGAAUGGGAAGCAUAUGUCCAUGCACCUUGUAUACUUUAAGUUCUUCUUUGUUCAACCCAUUAGGCUUUGUAUUCCUUGGCUUUUUUAUUUUUCAUAGUUUUUCUAAUUCCUACAUUAUUUUGUAGCACUUUAGUAAACUGUAAGAUCCCUGUCUGUGACAGACCAGAAUGAUACUCCACAGCCUCAUCAAGUCAUCAAAAUAAUAUAUGAUCGGUCAGGAGUUUUAUAACAGAACUGUUUCUUUCCAGUCUUGGUCCCUAGCAUGAUAAUUUUUCACAUUUUCCAUAACUGUGAUAUGGAUUCCACUUUAUCUUGUCUAAGCUUUGAGAUGAGGACUAUUUUUUACAUUUUACUCUUCUCUUAUAUAUACAAAUCAUUUUAUACUUACAGCUAUGUCCUUUGUAUGAGAUGUCCUUCUUCCUGUAUUUCUCUGCUUUGUAUAUUGGACUUUCUCCAAACCAAAUAUCCAUAGCAUAUAUUUUACCAUACAUUUCAUUUCAGGAGUUUGUUGCAAUUUUUCUAUAAAAUUGUCUUAAUUUAUUCUGCUGACUGUGUCAGAAACAUCAAGAAUACCUUGUUAUUAUCUUUUGAA